GAAUUAAUACAUUUGAAAUUCUAAAGUACUUUUCGUUACAUUCGUGUUUAUACUUGUUUUCAUUUAAUGUAAUGUAAAAAAUAUUCAAUUAUGUGGUUUCUGCAAAACUUAAACAGUACCACCAUCUACUACAUCCGACCAGAAAAGGCCAAACACACGGUUAGCCGUUCGGUGGGUGAACUUAUCAUCCAGGGUGAUCAGUCUAUCAGCCGCAAUCAUGCAUUUCUCUAUCCGGAACCAAAAACUCUGAAAGUAGUCGAUGCCGGGUCACGCUAUGGGACGUUUUUGAAUGAAGCCAUCGAAAGUAGUAAGGGUAAAAUUCCGAAUGAUGUGCCAAUUGAGCUGAAGGAACACGACAGGAUUCGCUUUGGAAUGUGUCAAAGUGUGUGGCAAGUUUGCCGGGUCGAAUUUACCUGCAUUACAUCGACGAUCAGUGUCAGUCCACCGCUACAGGAAGCGUUGCGGAAGUUAGGGGGUCGAGUGGACGACACCUUUCAGCGGGAUGUGACCCGAUUUCUAAUUAUGAAAUCAAUUACCACUACGACAAAACUGUUGAUGUGUUUGAUUGCACAGAUCCCUGUCGUUAAGCCAGAGUAUUUUGAGAAGUGUGUAUCCGCUGUUGAAACUGGUUUACCUUUUCCCGAUGCGGAUCGUUUUGUUCCAGAAUUCACAGAAUCGUAUGUUAGUAAGGAAGGAAUUAAUUUUACCAAAGUUCCCGGCCGAGCGUCGUUGUUUACCGGAUUGGUGUUUGUUUUUGUGAAAGCAAAACAUAUGAGUCUGUACGAGAACAUCAUUAAUCUCGCGGGUGGCAAUUGUAUUUCUCCGCAAAAGCGAAAAAUUGCCAAAUCUUUUUUUACCGAGCCGCAUGUUAUUGUGGUGCAACCUUUUACGGAUUCUAUGUCGCAACCUUCAUCGCAGGCUGUUGAGGAACUGACGCAACUUGUGACGAGCGCUGGAAGACGGUUGAUACCGGAUGCAGAAAUUGGACUUGCUAUUCUGGUUUGUUCCUUAGAAAAAUAUUGCAAUCCAUUGUACAAGUUCACAAACAUUUUGGAUUUGGAGACAGUCUCAUUUAACACUCAUACUGAUAUACUAGCAAAAAACAGCGUAGAUUUACCGGAAGCGCUAACACCCACAUGUACUAAGGAGAAUAUCUCGGUUCCAGAAACAGAAUCGCGCGAUAGUUCUCAAAGCCUUAACACUCCCAAAAGUUUGAGCACAAACACGACGAAUUACAGCGAUCAGCCGCUCAAAAUAUCGGAGGUCGUUUCGGAGUUUAUCAAACCCGAUGAACCUUCAACAGUUGCACCUAUGAGAAAGCGGAAACGAGUAGAACCCGCGGAUAAUCUAGUCAAAGAAGUAAAAAAAGUCCGUACUAAAAAUGUUGAGUCAGAAGUUCCGGCAGAUUUACCGGAGCAGGUCGAAAUUUCUGAGAUAUCUGCUAAUCGAUCAAGCUCACAGUCAUCUCAGAUGUCGGGCUUUUUGUCAGUUAAUCAUGACGAAGCGACAACACAGAACCCGCCGCCAGCAGAGCAACCUAAAAAACGCCCAUUGCAGUUAAUGCUGGACGACAACGGUGAUGAUUUGUUCAAUUUUGGAGAGACUGGUUCGAAGCGAACCAAACGACAACCAACACUAGCAGAAUCGUUCAGCACUUCUCAAUCCGUACGAAAUCGAUCAACUAGAAACAGUCACACUCAGAACACGGAAGAGGACCUAUUCUCUUUCGAUGAAGGCAAUUCAAAAAGGUCGAAAAAUAAGUCGAACUUAGGCACCUCUGACGAAAGUUCCAAAAGAUCAACCUCAGUGGUGAAAAGUUCAACGGCAACCAAUUGCUCCACAAAUUCAUCCUACAAACAAUUCAUCAAACCAAUCCAAAUUCCAUCUGAGGGGUGGCUUUCAUCUACAUUUUGUGAUCUUAGCAUUAAAUCCCAGCAUGACGGAACAACCAAGAUCAAAGAAGAACCAGAUGGCGAUGAUCUCGACAAAAAAACUCGUGUGUGGAUUGAUGGAAUGGAAGCCAUGUUCCAGGUGCGAGUUAAAGCAAUGAAUUUGACCUCGCAUCGGUCGGGUUUGGAGGGUAACGAGAGUCGAGGUUUCAAGGCUUUUGUGAAGACCCGCAUUUGUUGUCUUUUCUCUUCCAGAAAUAUAACUACAAACCACAGCAAACGAUAGUGAAGACAAAACCCGUUUGUGUAUUUGACAAUACCCAAGAAGAUCACUUUUGAAAUUUUGCCGAACACAAAUCAAAAAUAAGCUUCAAAUAUAAUGAGAAAGCGGAUUGUUUCAAA